UCAGUUUCUAGGAGGUUUUUUUUUAAAACCAAAGUUUGGUUCUCACUGUCAGUCAUUCACAGGUUAUAUGUGAGUUGUAAUCAGCUGUCAGAUUUUAAGAUGCAGCUGUGUUAGAAGCAGGCAGCGAGACAGGGAACAUGUCAGACACUCAGGGUGAGUCUAAAUACUCCUGCUGGGAUUUUCUCAUCACUUGUGUGGGCCUGCCCUUGUUUCUGACUGACAUAGGGCUGGAUAUAUGGGCCGCUGUUAUCUUCUACCAAGAAAAGGCAUAUGCCUGCCUCGGUGUUCUGCUGCUGCUACUUGUGGGGUCAACACUGCUGGCUCAAGCUUACAGCUGGCUUUGGUACAGCUAUGACAAUUUUGAGAUGAAGACAAAGGUUGAAGGCCUGCCUACCCAGAGGGAGCUCACAGUUCUGCACGUUUGUCAGCUCGGAGUUUACGUCAGGCAUGCAGGAGUCCUGGAAAUGGCAGUACGAAGCAUGUACAAUAGGCUCCCUGACCCUGAAAAAGGUGCCAGUACACCAGAAGAACAGAAACCUAAGACUGAGGACAUUACCGUGUCCUUGACCCACGAUCUGAGCAUGUUACGGAUCAUAGAGACAUUUUCAGAGAGCGCCCCUCAGCUCACGCUCAUGCUCACCAUCAUUCUGCAGACGGGCCACCUGGAUCCUGUCACAGUGUUGAAGGCUAUCGGUUCAGCUUCAGCUAUCGCUUUUAGCGUGACGGCCUACCAUCGCUCAGUGCGCUCUUUCCUGCCUGACAAGGAGAAGCAGCAAAUAACCUCAUCAGUCAUCUACUUCAUCUGGAACCUGGUUCUCAUCUCUUCUCGUCUCACUGCCCUCGCUCUUUUCGCCUCCGUGCUGCCCUGCUUCAUCUUCACCCACUUCAUCUGCUCUUGGCUGGUUUUAUUCUUCUUCGCUUGGCGAUCCAAGACGGACUUCAUGGAUAGUUCUUGUGGAGAAUGGCUUUAUCGAGCCACUGUUGGCCUCAUUUGGUAUUUUAACUGGUUUAGUGUGGCCAAGGGGAAGACGCGGAACAGGACUGCGCUCUAUCACGGGUACAUACUGACUGAUAUUUGCAUCCUCUGUGCUGUGUGGUGCUGGAAGAUGAGCACAGAUCCUCCUGAUUUUGUGAUAGAGCCCAUGCACGCUUUAAUCACAGCUGCCUGUGUUGUUGCAGUUUACAUCCUCGGUCUAAUACUUAAAGCUAUUUAUUAUAAACUUUUCCAUCCAAACCUUGACAAAAAUAAGAUUAAAGGGACCAGCACAGAGCAGCAACCUGUAAAUGUGCCAAAAGUACUAGGUGAUGAAGUGGACGCAGCCCCCUCCCCACCACCACAACCAUGUUGUAAUAAAAGAAUGAGGAAGCUGGCUGAGAGCUUCUACUGCUAACCUGUUUCACUUUCACAGGAGGCUGUAAAGAGACCGAGUCAUCACAGGGCUGUGUGUGAUUAAGGACUCUAACCUUCUGCAUGAUUAACCACAUAUACAGUCUACUCCAGUUUAUGAUUUCUGCUCGCUAUUAACUGGUUCUACUGUCUAACAAAGCAUUUAAAGAUGCCAUUCAAUAUCUGUUUUCCCUAGCUUUAGGCUACGUCCACACGUACCCGGGAAUUUUUGAAAACGGAGAUUUUUCU